AUGCAGAUUAUUAUGAUAGCAAGUUAUGAUACAUUAGGUUCCAAAUCUAUUAGCCCAAAGGACAAUAUAAACCAGUGGAACAUUGUGCAGGUUGGUUCUCAACCCGGUCACCAAAGUGGAGAACAAGCCAUUUCUCCAGGUUUCGUAUGGGUUCAAGUUCCGGUAGGUAAUUUGGCCGUGGUUGGAAGUACACAAAUGUCACAGUCGCCAAAACAAAAUACAGAUGGAAAUUUAAACAACUUAUGUUUAAAGCCAACUGGUCAAUUUCCCAGUAAAUCAUGUAAUAAAUUUGUUAACUGUUGGAAUGGUGUUGCCACUGAACAGGAGUGUCCUGAUGGAUUAGUAUUUAGUCAAAAAGGAUACUGCGAUUAUCAAGAACAUGUUGAUUGUGAUGGAAAAUUAAUCGAAGCAUCUUCAACAUCUUCACCUGGAGUUUCUAUACCUCCUGCAACAAUUUCUUCAUCGGAGCCUACAUCAACAAACAAUACAACCGAGUCAACCACAACAUCAUCACUACCAAGUACAACAUCCAUUGUUGUCACUUUACCACCAGUUGACCCCUCCUUAAAAAAGCUGUGCCUAACACCAAGAGGUCAGUUUCCUGGUACGACAUGCAAAAAAUACGUUAACUGUUGGGAUGAUAUAGUAGUAGAACAAGAAUGUCCAGAAGAAUUACUGUUUUCAAGUAAAGGGUAUUGCGACUAUCCCCAAAAUGUUGAAUGUAAAGUUGAAGGAGUGAGUAAAAUUAAUCUGGAGUGCCCGCUGGAAUUUGGAACGUUCAGAGAUAAACAUGAUUGUGGAAUUUAUUAUAAUUGUGUUUCUCAUAAAAUUGCUGCUACUUACGUAUGUCCAGAUGGUUUUAAAUUUAGCAAGAACUUGGGUGUCUGCGAUUAUAAAGAAAAAGUAGACUGUAAUGAAAAUUCUGUCCACAAAACAGAGUUUAUUUUGAAGAAUUUACAAGAAAGCGGAGAGUGUUCAGUAAAAUAUGGCACAUUCAGAGACGUAAAUAAUUGCAACAGAUAUUAUACUUGUGCAUCUUUUAAAAUUGUUGCUCAGCAUGACUGCCCUUCUGGAUUUAGUUUUAAUGAUGAUAUUGGAAUUUGUGAUUAUUCCUACAACGUAGACUGCAGCAAAAAUCCGAAAGUCUAUGAGAUUACAUCCAAAUCACUUCUACAAUUACCAGCAGAAUACAGAGAACGUGUAAAUAGCUGUAUACCUGGUUCGGUAUUUCGACUUGAUUCUCAAUGCACAGUUGCCUGUUUGUGUAGACAGGGACUUGCAGAGAUUGUACGUUGUCCAACAGGAUAUGCUUACGAUUCCAGGACGGAUAAAUGCGUUUUAUCGCAUCUGGCCAGGUGUUAAUGUAAACAGAAAACUAUCGUCGAAUUUAAGAAGACUGAUUAAGAAUAAUUGAAGACAUAAACAACGUUUAUGCAACUUUAUAAGUUUUGGGUUAUAGGUGGUGGGUCGAAUUAUUUAUUUUAGAUAAUAAAAAGCAAAUACUUUAAAGUGAAAAUAAAAUGUUUCUUACUGAUUAGUAUUAUUUUUAAACUGUUCAAAAGGUUCUUUUUUAAUCUUAAUAGGUACCUAUAGGUAUCCCAUUUAAAUGCCCAC